AUGCCACGCCCUCACCACACCACAACCUUCACAGCCUCCGACGGCGCCCUCCUCACCCUCACUUCCUCCCUCCCCAUCUCCUCCCCGGACCCCUCCUACAUCCCCACCUCCCCAAUCCUCACCUUCACGGGCCCCACCGCCACCACCACCGCCGGCACUCGCGCGAGAAGCGCCUCCAAAGCUUCUGUUAUAGCAGAGGAGGGACCGAAUUACUCCCGCUUGAUUUUGUUGUUGCAUGGCUUUUCGGGGAGUAGCGAGUACUUUGAGCGGAACUUUCGGGAGUUGGGGGAGAGGCAUUGGGUUGUUGCUUGGGAUAUGAGGGGGCAUGGGGGGAGUGGACUGAGGAGGAAGAAGAGGGGGAAGAAGGGAGUUGAGGGGGAGGGACAGUACGAGAGCUACGAAGGGGGGUAUCAUGUCGCUCGCCUGGCGGUGGAUUUGAAGAACAUGCUCGAUUUUCUGAAGACCUCCCGCCUCGGGCUUGGAGUCGGCCACGCUGGCGCUGGGGGUGGGUGUCAAGGUCAGGGUCCGAAGCCCCCGCUGGAAAUAGUAGGCGUCGGCUGCUCCAUCGGCGCCGCGAUACUGUGGACAUACGUCGAGCUUUUUACGGACGCGGAUUUCUCCGGGUUUGUGUUUGUUGACCAAGCUCCUUUGCAGGACCGGAGUAUGUUUGGGGAGUGGGACGAGACAAAGGCGAAUAAGGGAUGUUAUGAUGAGAAAACGAUGCUGGGUGCGCAGGCAGCAUGGAAUAAGGCCUCUGAGGACCGACAUGCUACACACCUAGCAUUGCUAGAUGAAUGCUUGGGCUACCGGUUCCACCCACUGCCUACCGAUCAGGUGUCAGAAGAGGAGAAGAAGAGAGACGAGGCCUUCUUCACUGCCAUCUCAGCACAAUGUCCCUCGGGCGCCUGGCUAGCCAGGCUCAUCGCCGAUCACACGCGGUACGACCACCGGGAGGCGUGCGAGGGGAUUACCAAACCGGUGGUGGUGAUGGGCGGGAAAAGGAGCGGGUGUUUUAGUUUGGAGGGGAUGGAGGAGGUUGUGAAACGUUGUAGGAGGAGCGGCAAUGAGAAGGCGGAGGUUAGCUGGUACGAGAGUGGACAUUGGUUGUUUUGGGAGGAGGCGGAGAGGUUCAAUGGGGAGGUUUUGGAGUUUGCGAGGAGGUGUUGGAGUGAGUAG